UAAACGAAUAAAACGUAUAAAAAUAAUUUGUUUCCGCAAAUUAUUUAUAUCGUAUAACUGAGCGGAUGAAUAUCAUAUUAAAGUCCUAAGAUAUGUAACUCGAAAUAGAACGAGAGAACGGCGAAUAGCUAAAAAUAUCUACCUUAGGCUUCUAGUCGUCGAAGUCCAGUCGCUCCGGUUAAGAGCGAGAUUUUGAUAGUGUUACUCUGACAAGGAAUACCAAAAAUACACAUACUUAUACAUUCUAUUUUAAGUAAAUCAUUCUUGUGCAAAUUAUUUAUAUUAAUUAUAAAUAACUGAGCGCCUGAAAUAUUAUUACGAUGCAAGAAUCACUUUAUUGUAGCUUUAAUAAUUUAUAACAUAUGUUAUAUAUAUUAUUUAUAUUUAUAUAAAAGAAUUUAUCAAAGGUGUGUGACAUUUUAUUCACUUGAAAUAUGAUAUGUGGAGUGAAAAAUGUAUAAUUUCUCGCGUUCUUCUGUUUUACUGAUUAAAUGUCAUUCUUGUAGAAAGAAAGAGAAAGAGAUGUCGCAAUUAAGAGGAACAGAUCCUACAGCUAGCGGAGAUGCACCCGUCGUUGAAAAGAAUUGUGAUAUAAUUUCGACUGUCGAAUUGAAAUGCCUCGAAGAUAAAGUUACAGCUGCGGAAGAAGUUUCAGCCAAGUCUUCAAACAUACAGACGAUAAAUGAAGAGGCAGUUAAUCCGAAUAUUGCAGUGAUCGCGCAUGCAGCUACAAAAGAUGCUGAAGAAUCCAAAGUUGAAAGUUCAACCGUGAUCGCUCUUCAAAGAAGUGAAGAAACUCCGCAGUCAGAAUUUGUUAAAGAAGAAAAGGCUGAUAACUCGAAGCGUGAUGCGAGAAAUGAUGACGCGAUGACGCGUAUAUCCGGUCUGCAGGCGAAAGUGCGGGAAAGGACGAAGGAGCGUGACGAUUAUCGAAGGAAACUGGAAGAGACGGAAACGAAACUGACCGCGUUGCAAGCGUCCUACGAUAAGGCGAGAAGAAAUCAGGAUAGCGAGACUGAAGACACUCUUCAAUCGGUGGAGCAGUUGCGCGGCCAGCUGGUGCAGACCGCGUUGAUGUACGAGGAACGGAAUCGCGUGGCGAUGAACCAGGAGAAUCAGAUUAACGCUUUGAACAAUCAGGUGGCUUCGUUGAAGGAGGUGGUGUCGAUCACGCGGGAUCUCCUGCAGAUCCGUAACAUGGAAGUGAAGCAGUUGCAGACUGAAGUCGACAAUAUGGAAAAGAAGAUCACCGAAGAACGCGAUCGGCACAACGUGAUGAUAAGCAAAAUGGAUGCAGCGAUGCGACUCAACGCGGACCUUAAGAAGGAAUACGAAACGCAGCUGUCCUUAUUUCAAAGUCUUCGUGAGAAAUACGGAGAGAAAAUUACUCUGUUGUCCGCGGAGAAGCGAGCCCUCGAAAAAACAGCCGCUUUCACACCUGAAUAAAGAUAUUUUUUCGCACAUCCUGAACAAACAUUAAUAGAUUUCGUAAACAAAUUCUUUUUUCAUCAUAAUAUAUAUAUAUAUAUAUAUAUAUAUAUAUGUGUGUG